AUGGUAGAGUACAUGGUAACGAUAAGCAAGGAAAGUAACAGACUGAUGAAAGAACAGUUCGCUGAUGUAUUAACGGCAAUUGAUCAAAAGAUAAAAGAUAGAGAAGCAAAUGAGGAAGAAAAAACUGAGAAUGAAGACGAAUUAGAAAGUGAUGAUGAUGAUGAUGGCAACGAUCGUGGUAUUGAUGUACUGGAUAGUGACAAUGACGAUGAUGAAGAAGUGGAAUCAGAGAAUGAAGAGGACCGCGCCUUCAYUGAUGAUAAUUCAGUGGAUGAUGAUGAUUACGACCCCGCCUUUUACAGAGCAUUGGACCAGGAGCUUGGUGACAGGUUCCCAACCGCGCAAAGAGAUAAGAACAAAAAAGAAAAGAAACGACAGUACCCUCUAGUGAAACUGAAGGUAUGUAGUCAUAAUAUUAUCGUAAACGAUUAUAUUUUGUAA